ACCCCUUUAAAACCCUAAUUUCCAAAUACUCUUAGAAUUCCAGGACUGAAAGCUAAGCCCUUUGAACAAGAUUACCAAUAUUACCAUUAUUGCCAUUCACAUAUUCUCCAAAUGGCAUCAACAAGAUUCUUCACAAUCUUGAAAAGAACUCAGAGCUUAACGGCAAAUGCAAUCUUGACAAGAAGAUACUAUAACAAAGCAAGAACGGCAAGCAAUACCCUCUUUGCAAGAAUUAGUCCUCUUGGUGAGCCGGAUAUCAGUUUGGUUCCAGUUCUUGAUAACUGGGUUCAAGAGGGAAAGAAAAUCAGAGGAUUUGAACUCCAAAAAAUCAUCAGAGAUCUCCGUUGCCACAGGCGGUACACUCAGGCUCUUCAGGUUUCUGAAUGGAUGAAUGGGAAGGGACAGAGUGCAUUCUCACCAGCAGACCAUGCUGUGCAAUUGGAUCUGAUUGGUAGAGUUCGUGGGUUGGAAUCUGCAGAGAGUUAUUUCCAAAACUUGGUUAAUCAAGAUAGAAAUGACAAAACCUAUGGUGCUCUUCUAAAUUGCUAUGUCAGAGAAGGUCUUGUUGACAAAUCGCUUUACCAUAUGCAGAAGAUGAAGGAAUUAGGUUUUGCUUCCUCUCCUCUCAACUACAAUGACCUCAUGUGCCUCUAUACACGCACUGGCCAGCUAGAAAAAGUCACCGAUGUGCUUUCUGAGAUGAAGGAGAACGGCAUCACCCCCGACCUUUUCAGUUACAGGAUUUGCAUGAGCUCUUGUGCAGCAAGAUCUGAUCUUAAGGGUGUGGAGGAAAUUCUGGAAGAAAUGGAGAAUCAAUCUCACAUCUCCAUUGAUUGGGUUACUUAUUCCACAGUAGCCAGUAUCUAUGUAAAAGCAAGUUUGAAAGAGAAGGCACUUAUCUACCUGAAGAAAUGUGAACAGAAGGUGAAUAGAGAUGCACUGGGAUACAAUCAUUUGAUUUCACUAAAUGCAAGUCUAGGGAUUAAAGAUGAGGUGAUGAGAUUAUGGGGCCUCGUGAAAACAAAGUGUAAGAAGCAAGUCAACAGAGAUUAUAUAACUAUGCUGGGUGCUUUAGUCAAGCUUGAGGAGCUUGAAGAAGCUGAUAAAUUGCUACAAGAGUGGGAAUCAUCUUGCCAAUGUUAUGAUUUUCGAGUCCCAAAUGUACUCCUUAUUGGGUAUUGUCAGCAGGGGUUGAUUGAAAAGGCUGAGGCAAUGCUAAAAGAUAUUGUGAAAAAACAGAAGAACCCAACUCCAAAUAGUUGGGCUAUUAUUGCAGCAGGAUAUGUGAAUAAGCAGAAUAUGGAAAAGGCUUUUAACUGCAUGAAGGAAGCUCUGACUGUUCAAGCAGAAAAUAAGGGAUGGAGACCGAAAGCUAAUUUGAUCUCUAGCAUAUUGAGUUGGCUUGGUGAGAAUGGAGAUGUUGAAGAUGUAGAAGCAUUUGUAAACUUACUAGAGACUAAGGUCCCAAAAGAUAGGGAAAUAUAUCAUACCCUAAUCAAGGCAUAUAUCAGAGGAGGGAAACAGGUGGAUGGAGUUCUGGAGAACAUGACGGCUAAUAAAAUAGAUGAGGAUGAGGAAACAAAGACAAUUCUUAGCUUGAGAUUAAAAGAUGUUGAAUGAUUCAAUGCUGCUGAUUUUGAUGGGUUAGUUUAGUUUUGUUCAUUUUGGCAAAUUGGCCUGAAGUUCGUUGCUCUAUGCAGAUUCUCAUGUUAGAAAAGCUCUGUCUUUAUGCAGUGUGCAUUCCAGUGUCAACCAAGCAGUCAAUGUAUCUUCAGUUUUAGAAUUGCUGCAAUGGAACUCUUUGGUCAUCUUUCAAUUUGUAUUUUGGCUACCACUGAAAACCUUAGCAUCACUCAUAUGCACUUGUUCAGCUUCUUCACUCUCUGCAUUCUGUUAGAUCUGAUUCUGUGGCAGUCACAUUUUACUGAAGUUGUGAGCAGGAUUCAACAGCUCUCUUCAUUUUAAAUUUGCCUCAUUAGAGAAAAGUUAGGUAAUGUGACAGUGUUGUAAAAAUUAACUUGCUGUAAACUGCAUUUUGAAAAUUAUUAUUAUUUUUGGCCCAA